GGAAAAGGUCAGAACACUUCCUCCCUCUAUCCAUAUCCAAAGGUGCAGGCAGCAGCGGACGUCUCCCAAGUACUGUACAUAGUACCCUUUCCACACCUCAACUCACUUCCCCCUCCAUCCGUUCCAGACUCCACGCCCGCCGCAAUUGGACGACCCCCCGCCCGCCGAACAAAGCACACCUUCACUCAAAUUCCCAUAAUGUCCGCAACGCCUUUCACAGCAAUGCGCAAACUAGACCUAAAAACACUGCCCAGUCGUCGGCUCCUCGUCCUUGCCCUCAUCGUGCUGUCCGCACUCACCCUGUAUACCCUAUCACACGCCCAUUCGUUCGAUUCACGAGAGCGGAUGGCCGCAGUGCGCUCACGCCCAUUACCGCCGCCAUCACAACAACAGCAGCAACAGCAGCAACAACAACAACAGGGGCAUGGACGCCAGGGGAAGCUUGGGGAGGAGGGGCUUGGGAGGAAGGUGGAAGAUGUGGAGCAGGUUGAAGUAGAUGUAGAGGUAGUGGGGAAACCACCCCUUCGCCCAUCACCACCACGACCACGACCACCAGUAAAGAAACCAACGCCCCGUACACCGCUGAAAGCAUCAACGAUCCUCUCCGUGGAUGCCAAAGCAGGCAAAGUACUGAAACCCGGGCAAUACCUUUGCCCGCUCUCGACCUGCGACGUGCGCCUCGGCGACGAAUCCAGCGCGCACGCCAUCCUCCGCAACGCCGAAGACCGCACAACCUUUCCCGCGCGCACCAACGACCUCCCCCAAACCCUUCACGGUGUCCUCAACUACGCCGGCCUUAAAAUCCCCAAAGACGACGCCAUGGAGCUCGACUUCCAAAUCGCCAACGACGCCGAAGCCCUCGUCCCCCUCGUCGCUCGCGACGGCGGCGCAGAAGCCUACCGCACGUCCCCUCUCCCCUUUUCCGAAAAAGUCGACGGCGUAGCCUGGCUCCCCACCGACUGCUCCACGGUCGGCAAAACAGUCGACAUGCUCCGCUCCAUCUUCCCCCGCCUCGACGUCCACGGAUGCUGCUGGCAACCCCCCUACGACACGCGCCUAAAAACAUACACGGAAUGCGGCGACUUUAAAAACCUCCAAACCCGCCGCGACACACUACGGAGGUACCGCUUCGCCCUCGCCAUGGACACCCCCGCCGAAGCCACCAACCUCGAAACACAGAAGGUCUGGGAGGCCCUCAAAGCCGGCGCCGUGCCCAUCUACUUCAAUCCGGCCACCACCCACCCCUCCUCCUCGGCCCUGCAGUCCGUCGUUCCCGCUCCAGACUCCGUCAUCUUCUCCGACACCUUCUCGACAACGGCGGACCUCUCCCGCUACGUCAUGGACGUCACCGACGACGAAACGCGGUACAACACCCAUCUGGCGUGGAAACACCAAACACCCUUCACCAACCCGUACUUCGAGAAACUCCUCGAGUACACCACAACAAACCUCGUCUGCAAAGCCUGCGACGCCACGUUCCUCCGCCGCUCCUACCAAUCCUGCGCGCUCAAAACAAUCACCUCCCAAUCCUCCAAGGCCUUCACCCCCCUCUACCCACUGUCCCAACUCCCCUUCAACAAAACAGCAUCGGCCUUCCCCGGCAUCGACGCGGUGUACAUCACGCACUACACGCCCCUAAAGGAACGCCUGCCGAGACUGAGGAAGCAUUUUGGGGAGUGGAAUGUGAAUGCGAGGGUCGUGACGGGAUACGAUAGGGAGAAGUUGAGCAAACGGGAUCUGGACUGUUUUUUCCCGUGGGAUGAUAAAGUGCUCCGGGGUGCCGACCGGAGACCGUGGCCCAAGAUCCGUCCGCACCCCGAGAACCCGCUCAAGCCCGGCGAAAUCUCCCUCGCGAUCAAGCACUUCGCCGCCUUCCACUCGAUCCUCCAGCACGCGCACACGCACGCCAUGAUCUUCGAAGACGACAUCCAACUCGACUCCAUCAACGCCACGCUGGUGCCCACCCACAUCGCGCGCGCCCUCAACGCCUCCGCCCCCGACUACGACUACCUCAUGACCGGCGCCUGCUUCAACUUCCACUCGUCGUCCACCCCCGGCCUGUACCGCGAGGACUGGGCUCGCUGCUCCCAUGCCUACAUUGUGAGCACGAAGGGCGCGAGGAAGUUUUGGAGGUCCCUGCCCAUGCGCGACCCCAUUGAUCUGCAGAUGGAUGCGCGCGGCAAUGGGUUGAAGGGAUGGUGGGUCGAGCCCACCCUGUGGAGGCAGGACUAUGCGUUGGGGAAGAGUGGGAUUAGGGAUUAGGCCCCCGCCCGGUUG